UCCGGUCCUGCGCCGUUUCUGGAGCGGAUUGGAACCCGGAGUCAGGAUUCAAUAAAUGAAGUGUCUUUUGCAGAAAGGGUUUGCAGAAUGGCAGCUCAGACUCCAGAGGAGUGCAUCUGGUGCGAAGACUGUGGGCAGUACCAUGAUUCCGAGUGCCCCGAAUUAGGACCCCUAGUGACCGUUCAGGACUCAUUUGUUCUCAGUCGGGCCCGUUCAUCAAUUCCGAAUAGCCUGGAGAUCAGACCUUUGGCAGAAGGCGGCGAGGGAGUCUUCGUCCAGCGACGGCUGGUCAAACGAACACGUUUUGGGCCUUUCGAGGCGAAGCGGGUCUCCUUUUUGGACAACGAAGGCGUGUUUCCCUUGAAAGUCUUCCAGAAAGAUGGCAUCGUGGUGUGCUUUGACUGCAGUAGUGAAGAUGACUGUAACUGGAUGAUGCUUGUUCGACCCGCCACAGAUCAUCAACACCAGAAUCUGACAGUUUACCAGCAAGACGAUGACGUGUUCUUCAACACAUCCCAGGAUGUGCUGCCAGGAGCAGAGUUGAGGGUCUGGUAUGGAGCUUUCUAUGCUAAAAAGAUGGAGAAGCCCAUGCUCAAGCUUCCGCUUCAACCAUUGCCACUUCAAGAGACUUACGUGAAAACCAGCUCCUCUCCCCCACCUGUAACGAACUACAAAAAUGCAGGUGCUGUCAGUAAAUUGAUGGCCACUUCAGAUCUCCCAGAAGACCCCCGAACAGAACAGGAGGAAAGCACAGUGGGGCAUAGUGAGGAGAUUCACUCCCCCGCUGGCCCGCCUCCUGUGAAGAGGGGGCUAACUCGUGGAAGGAGAGCGAAAGGUCGCAGGCCUCGACCUGUCACCGCCGCCGCAAGCAGAAGCAAAGAUGUGAAGCCCCCCGUGGUGAGCACGCAAUCGCUUACUUCCGAGUCAGCAGUUCCUACAGAGAGAAACCGUCAUCUCGGGGCUGCGGACGUCGGGAUUGGGCACAAGAGACACAAAAUCCGAGAGCACAAAAGGGUGUACCGCUGCUCCCUGUGCACCAAGGUCUUUCAGAACAGCAGUAACCUGAACCGACAUAUCCGAUCACACGGCGAUAAACUGUUUAAGUGUGACGACUGCGAUAAGUUGUUCAGUCGAAAGGAGAGUCUGAAGCAGCACAUCUCCUACAAACACAGUAAAAAUGUGCCCGACCUGGAAUAUAAAUAUAAAUGCAUGACUUGUGACAAAUCCUUCCGCCUGCAAAAUGCCUUAAAUUUCCACAACUGCAGGACAGGUAAGGAUUUUUUUUUUGGGGUGGGGGGGUUACAUUUUGUUCGACACAUCGAAAUAAAAUGUUGUUUUCGUUUUCCGCUAGACGACAAGACAUUCCAGUGCGAUAUCUGCUCCCGCUUCUUCUCCACAAACAGCAACCUGUCCAAGCACAAAAAGAAACACGGAGAGAAGCUCUACUCCUGUGAAAUCUGUAACAAGAUGUUCUAUCGCAAAGACGUCAUGCAGGAGCACCACAGGAGGCACAGCGUUGGGCAAAAGCACAUGAAGCGAGAGGAGUUGGAGACCAAUGGAGAAGAAGCGUGCAAGUACAGAAAGGAACCAUCACCGUGUCCCAUCUGUGGAAAGGUGUUCUCCUGCCGAAGUAACAUGAACAAACAUCUGCUGACUCACGGCGAUAAAAAGUACACCUGCGAGAUCUGCGGCCGCAAGUUCUUCCGAGUGGACGUGCUUCGCGAUCACAUUCACGUGCACUUCAAGGAUAUAGCCGUAAUGGAUGAGCAGAAGAGGGAGGACUUCAUUAAAAAAAUCGGCAUUCCAACAGCCGAUAGUGACGAAAGGGAUGAAGAUGAAGAAGAUGAAGAUGACCCCGAGCACCACAAGUAUCACUGCAAGAAAUGUCAGAUGUCGUUCGCCAAGGGUCGAGAAUAUCUGAAACACAUCACGGAGCAGCACAAAGAGCGAGGUUUCGGCUGCGCCAUCUGCAACCGUCGUUUUGCACUCAAGGCCACGUACAACGCCCACCUGGUCAUCCACAGGGAGCAACUCCCUGACCCCGCUGUGCAGAAGUAUAUCCAUCCCUGUGAAAUAUGUGGCCGAAUCUUCAACAGUAUCGGUAACCUGGAAAGACACAAGAUCAUCCACACUGGGGUGAAGAGCCACGGCUGUGACAAAUGCGGCAAAUCAUUUGCAAGGAAGGACAUGCUGAAGGAGCACCUGAGGGUCCACGACGACAUCCGAGACUUCCUGUGCGCAGAGUGUGGCAAAGGCAUGAAGACCAAGCAUGCUCUCAGGCAUCACAUGAAGUUACACAAGGGUAUCAAAGAGUAUGAAUGUAAGGAGUGUAACCGCAAGUUUGCCCAGAAAGUCAACAUGCUCAAACAUUUUAAGAGACACACAGGUACAAAGGAUUUCAUGUGUGAGUUGUGUGGGAAGACAUUCAGUGAAAGAACAACUCUGGAGACACACAAACUCAUUCAUACAGUGGGAAAGACCUGGACUUGCGCCACCUGCGAUAAGAAGUACCUAACCGAGUACAUGCUGCAGAAGCACGUGCACCUGACUCACGAGAAAGUGGAAGCCCAGUCGUGUAAUCUCUGCGGCACUAAGGUUUCCACGCGGGCCUCGAUGAACCGACACCUCCGACGCAAACACCCAGAGGUUGUCCCCGUGAGAAUUGAUGACUUUGAUGAAUUUCAGGAAUCAUCCACAUUCAACGAUUCGUCUAUCAGCAUCGCGCAGCCAAGCCUGACGCUAGUAAAAGACAGCCUGUCUCAGGAAAGACCCAGCCGAUCUACUCGCCAGGCCAAGAAGAAGCUCAGAGUCGCCCCCGAGCCAGAACUUUCCGGAUCAGAUGAUUACGUUGAUUUCACAGAGCCCAAACAUCUGCCAGAAUUCAACACUGUAAUCAUCGGUGAGGAGACAGAAACGAGCUCUGCGGUGCAGAGUAUCCAGCAGGUGGUUGUUCUCACUGACCCCAACGCUCCAUCCGGCUCCUCUCCUAACAACUCCGUGGGGCUGAGCAACAUGGCGGUCGCGCCCAGCCCCACCCCAGCUCAGUUCACAAGCCUGCAACCCGUAGCCGUCGGGCACCUGACAGCCGGCGACCGGCCCCUAUCGCUGGACAACUCCAUCCUCACGGUGACCUUCGACACGGUCAGCGGCUCGGCCAUGCUGCACAACAGGCCCGCCGAGCUGGGCCCAGAAACCGUCGGUCCAGCGGGAGGACAGCCAGCCCAGUCGGUUUCACACUUCAUCAACCUCGCCACUCUUGUCAACCCCAUGAGUCACCAGCUCGAAGCCCAGACUCUGGCCUGGAGGCCAGUACCCACGGCUGAGGGCGGUCAGGUCACUCCUGUGGUUGAAGGCACACAGGGGGACGUUCACCGGGUCCAGAGUCAGGUCCCCGAGGGAGGCCAGGCCGGCCAGAGUCAGCCACCCACGUCACAGCAGCAAAGCGGCGCCACACAGCAGAUGUUCAGCUACUAAUGAGGUGCUGGUCACCUAAACCUGUUGCUUGUCCAAACACUUUUAUGAAAUUUCAUUUGAUUUUAUGAAAUGUAAAUAGAUUUCAUCAUUGUCACCCAGAGGCCUCUCCAGUGUCAUUCAAGUGAUUGAAUCAAACUGUUAGAAUAAUCAAUUCAAACUUUUUUUUAUAUAUAUAUA